AUGGCCCAUACCAUCAAGCUCGGCUCUCCGGAGCCGACACGGUCUCAGCGCGGAUGCGCCGCCCAGAGCAACCGCUGCCGCCGCCUGCUCAUCCUCGUCUCCGUCGUCAGCGUGGCGCUCGCCGUCGGCCUCGCCGUGUCGCUCGCCAUCUUCGCCGUGCGGAGGCCGAGUAACCGCCCGCCCUCCGCGGGCCGGGGGCCGACCGAGGCCGCCAUCACGCGCGCGUGCGGUGUCACGCGGUACCCGGCGCUGUGCGCCAACGAGCUCACGAAACUCCCAGGCGCGGCGGCCGCCGGGGACGCCGCCGACCUCGUGCCCAUGUCGCUCGACGCCACGCGCCGGCGCGUGGCCGGCGCGCUGUCCAACGCCUCGGCGCUCGCCGUGGGCGCGCCGGCCGUCGCCGACUGCCUGGAGCUGCUCGACGUCGCUGGCGAGCUCCUGGAGCGGUCGGUCCGCGCCGUCGCGGCGGCGUCGCCUGCGAACUCGACUGACGCUGCUGCUGCUGCGCACACCGACGACGACGUCAUGACCUGGCUCAGCGCGGCGCUCACGUACUACGACACGUGCCACGACCGCCUUCAACAGGCCGGCGCCGACGACGACGUCAGGGCGCAGAUGCUUGAGUACCUCACCAACCUCGGCGAGCACCUCAGCAACAGCCUCGCCAUCUUCAAGGAGCUGGGCGGCGGCAUCUCCGGCGUCAACCGCCGAAGGCUUCUUCUAGACGCCAGCAAUAAUGAAGACGACGACGACGACGUCGGCUUCGUCCCACCAAGGUGGGUGAAACACAGCGACCGCCGGCUCCUCGUGGCUGCGGCCGCCGACAUCGUGCCCGACAUGGUUGUGGCCCAGGACGGCAGCGGGACGCACCUGAGCAUCGGCGACGCCGUGGAGGCGGCGCCGGAGUACGGCAGCCGCCGCGUCGUGAUCUACGUCAAGGCCGGCGAGUACACCGAGAACGUCAGGAUCGGGCGCUCCAAGACGAACCUGAUGCUCAUCGGCGCCGGCGCCGGCGAGACGCUGGUCGUCGGGCGGCGGAGCGUCGAGGACGGGUUCAAGACGUUCGACACGGCGACAGUGUCGGUGCUGGCGGACGGGUUCAUGAUGCGCGACAUGACGGUGGAGAACCGCGCGGGGGCGGUGAGGCGGCAGGCGGUGGCGCUGCUGCUGAGCGGCGACCACGCGGUGGCGUACCGGUGCGCCGUGCUCGGGUACCAGGACACGCUGUACGCGCACGCGCAGCGCCACUUCUACGGCGAGUGCGAGGUGGCCGGCACGGUGGACGUCGUGUGGGGCAACGCCGCGGCGGUGCUGCAGAACUGCACGCUCCGGGCGCGGCGGCCUAUGCCGGGGCAGAAGAACACGCUGACGGCGCAGGGGCGGACGGACCCCAACCAGAGCACAGGCAUCUCGCUGCACCGCUGCCGGCUGCUCCCGGCGCCGGAGCUCGCGGCGGCGGCGUACCCGACACCGACGUACCUUGGGCGGCCGUGGAAGCUGUACGCGCGGGUGGUGUACAUGGUGUCGUUCAUGGCGGAACACGUGGCCGCCGCCGGGUGGCUCGCCUGGGACGCGUCCGGCCGCGCCCCGGACAGCACGGUCUACUAUGGCGAGUACCAGAACUCCGGGCCCGGCGCGGCGGUGGCGGGGCGCGUGGCGUGGCCGGGCCUCCACGUCAUCACGCUGGAGGCGGAGGCCAUGGAGUUCACCGUGGGGAGGUUCAUCGAUGGUGACUCGUGGCUGCCACCCACCGGGGUGGCGUUCGUCGCCGGCUUGACCUAG